GGAAAAUUGCAAGUCAAAAUUUUGAAACUUUCACAAAGAAUCAAGUUUAAUAUUGAGAAUGCGGUGAUAUGGCAUUUAGAGUACUAAAUGUGGCUGAGAAAAAUGAUGCAGCCAAAGAGAUUGCCCGAGUUAUGUCCCGGGGUGCAAAUAGCCGGAGAGAAGGAGUGUCACGCUUUAACAAGAUUUAUGAAUACCAUUAUAAUCUUUUUGGAAGACAAUGUGAGAUGACAAUGACAUCCUUAUCAGGGCAUAUGAUGGAAAUAGAGUUUUUUCCAGGCUAUCAAGCAUGGCACAACUGUCAGCCAUUGGCCUUAUUUUCAGCUCCAGUUCAAAAGAGGGUGAAUCCAGACAUGGACAAUAUUAGGAAGACACUUGAAAAAGAGGUCCGCAAAUGCCAUGCUUUGAUCGUCUGGACCGAUUGUGAUCGAGAGGGUGAGAACAUUGGGUUCGAAGUGAUUGAAGUUUGUCGAAAAAUUAAACCGCGUAUCGAUAUCUACCGAGCCAGAUUUUCCGAGAUCACAGCCACUUCCAUCACGAGAGCAUGCGCAAACUUAGCGAGACCAGAUGAGAACACCUCUUUCGCCGUUGAUGUUAGGCAGGAACUUGACUUGAGAAUUGGAGCUGCGUUCACUCGAUUUCAAACGCUACGAUUGCAAAAGCUUUUUCCUGAAGUUCUCAGCAAGCAGUUGAUCAGCUAUGGUAGUUGUCAAUUCCCAACACUUGGCUUUGUUGUGCAAAGAUACAAAGAUAUCGUGGCAUUUGUUGCUGAAACCUUUUUCAAGAUUAAAGUGAAGCACAACACACCAGAUGGAGAAGCUGAGUUCAAUUGGAAGAGAGUUCGACUAUUCGAUAGGCUUGCAUGUGCAGUCUUGCACGAAGAAUGCGUUGAGAACCCAAUGGCAACCGUUGUUAACCAGAUCACCAAACCCAAGUCCAAGUGGCGCCCGUUACCCCUCGAUACUGUUGAGUUGGAGAAACUGGCUUCUCGGAAGCUGAGGAUUAAUGCAAAGGAGACCAUGAAAAUUGCGGAGAAGUUGUAUAAUCAAGGGUUUAUUAGCUAUCCUCGAACGGAAACGAACAUUUUUCCGUCUUCUUUGGAUCUUAAUAACCUCAUCCAGCAACAAACGGUUGAUCAGAAUUGGGGACAAUUUGCAGCUAAUUUGCUGGAGGAAGGGGCGAAUCCCCGUAGAGGUACCAAAACGGACAAUGCCCAUCCUCCUAUCCAUCCAACCAAGUACACUGGAACCUUAAACGGAAACGAGAAAAGAUUAUACGAGUUCAUUGUUCGACACUUCCUAGCAUGUUGCUCAAAAGAUGCUCAAGGUGUUGAGACUGUUGUUGAGAUUGAUAUCGCUGGGGAGAAAUUUACAGCAAAAGGUUUAACCAUCAUUGCCAAGAACUACCUCAAUGUUUAUCCUUACGAUAAAUGGUGUGAUAAAACAUUACCCAUUUACCAAACAGGAGACAGGUUCAUGCCUACUUCAAUCGAUAUGGUAGAAGGAGCGACUGAACCACCAUCUCUGUUGACCGAGGCAGAUCUGAUUGCUCUAAUGGAAAAGCAUGGUAUUGGUACGGAUGCUACGCAUGCCGAACACAUUGAGAAGAUCAAAGCAAGGAGAUAUGUUGGGGUCCAGCCUGAUGGCAAAUUUGUUCCUGGUGAGCUUGGCAUGGGUCUGGUAGAAGGCUACGAUGCAAUGGGUUUCGAGAUGUCAAAACCGCAUCUUAGAGCAGAGCUGGAGUCAGAUCUGAAGAGGAUUUGUCUUGGUCAGAAGAAUAAAGAUGUUGUUUUAAGAGAACAGAUUGAGAAAUACAAAGAGGUGUUUGUGCAGACAUGCGAACAUGUAAACCAGUUAGACGAAGCAUUAGCGGUGUACUUUGGGGAUCCAGAAGAACUUUCUGAAGAUCCUGUUGCAUCCCAGGUUGUUCAUGCUGAACCAGUCUUCGCCUGCCCUUCUUGUCAGACCCAAAUGUGCCUAAAACAAACACAAGACAAAGGAUUCAUGAUUGGAUGUAUGCGUUAUCCCGAUUGUACAUCAAGAGCAUUCUUCCCCAAUUUUGUGCUCCAUGCACAAGUAACAGAGCGUAUUUGUCCUCGCUGCGAACCGAGACCAGUUUACAUCAUCAAGUUCCAAUUCAAGCGAGGUUCAGUUCCACCAAUGAUGGAGCUAGAAUACUGCGCAUGUAUACUAUGCGAUGAGAACCUUAGAGAAAUACUAAGCUUUAGAAUCAAACAACACACAGCAUCAUCUGGGAAUCAACGGAAUGCAACAAGAAAUAAUCGAGGUAGUCAGAUGACGAGCAGACAACCUCAACAGCGUCAACCUCGUGGCCGGCAACGUCCAGCUCCUGGCCAGAAACGACCUCCUCCUGGCCAAAAACGACCUCCUUCUGGCCCGCAACGACCGCCCCGCGCUCCCCAACGAUCAUCAUUUGACCCAGGCUCAAACAACCAGCAGCUCCCUAUUCCAAAGCCUGAUGUAUGUGUUGUCUGCAGUUGUAAUGAAAGGGCUGGCUUACGUACUGUGCGAAAGGAAGGCGUAAACAAGGGUCGGGAAUUUUACACGUGCGAAAAAAGGGAGUGUAGUUUCUUCUUGUGGGCUGACGAUGCUCCCGACCAAAACGAGAACGGGUUCAGCCAAGCAACUGAUCGAAUGCCAAACAGCAGAAAGAGACCUUUCCAAGCUGUUAAUGAAACGCAAAAUGAAAUGCUAUGCCAAUGCAGGCAGCCAGCCGUCUUGAGAACAGUUCGAAAGGACGGACCAAAUCAGAAUCGCCAAUUCUAUUGCUGUUCAAAGCCUUCUGGACAACAAUGCCGAUUCUUCGAGUGGCUUGAUGGUGACGGUGGUGGGCAAUCUUUCCAACAACCUGCAAGAAACGUGCAAAAUCAAAGAAGACAAACUUACCAACAACCUGGUGCGAGGAAUGCCCAAAAUCAAAGAGCAGCUCCAAAACGUCGAUGUUGUGGUAUCUGUCGCCAACCUGGACACAGAAGAAACAAUUGCCCUAGGAAAUAACUUCUCUAACCGUGACCAUGUCAAAAUUCCACAAAAAUUGAGUUUGAA